GCAGCACCGCCUCCGUUUCCCUACUUCAAGACACUUCCUCUCCACUCCUUCAUUCUCCAUCUUCCAUUCCCCAAAAAACCUCGCAAAACCCUCGGCCCUCACCCGCCGCCGCCGCCGUCGCCUCCACCGGUAAACGGCAGCAUGAGUCGGCACCCUGAAGUGAAGUGGGCUCAGAGGAUUGACAAGGUUUACAUAACUGUACAAUUAGCUGAUGCUAAGGAUGCUAAGGUCAAUCUGGAACCAGAAGGUGUAUUCUCUUUCUCUGCUACAGCUGGAACUGAUGGGAACUUAUACGAAUCAAAGCUAGAGUUGAACGACAAAGUAAAUGUUGAGGAGAGCAAAAUAAGUGUAGGUGUUAGGUCCAUAUUCUGUAUUGUAGAAAAAGCUGAGGCCAAAUGGUGGAAGAAGCUUGUUCGAGAUGAUCAAAAGGCACCACACUUUGUGAAAGUUGACUGGGACAAAUGGGUUGAUGAAGAUGAUGAUGGUGCUGAUGUCAACGUGGAUGGAAUGGACUUUUCGAAUUUUGGUGGCAUGGGUGGAAUGGGUGGAAUGGGCGGAAUGGGUGAUAUGAUGGGUGGCAUGGGUGGUAUGGGUGGCAUGGGUGGCAUGGCUGAGAUGAUGGGUGGCAUGGGUGGUAUGGGCGGUAUGGGUGGCAUGGGUGGCAUGGAUGAGUUCGAGGACGAGAGUGACGAUGAAGAAGAAGUGUCUAAACCUCAAGACGCAGAGAAGGCUGCUGAAGCCGGAAAAUCCCAGGAGUCGGACGCUAAAGCCGAGACAAGUUAGAGCAAUCGAAGGCCCCUCUACAUAAUUCCUUUCUCUGUUGCAUCCCGUCUUUUAUGGAUCUGGUGAACUGAAGAAAACAUUUUACGUUAUGACGGUAGGGAUGGGUGCUCCCUUGUAGAACGAUGCUAUGAAACUGGAGCUCCAACUGAGUACGCAAACCAUUCUUGGAUUGUUUUUCUUAAUGCGCUUUGAUGCUUCAUCGCUCUGCAAUCAUAUAUUAAGCUUUGGAUGCUUUAAUCUGCUUUUGUGAGA